AUGCCUGCCUUUUGGUUCGCUACUUACUAUCAUCGCGGUUAUCACGAGAACAUCCGGUCCGAUAUCGCCAAUACAAGCGGUUAUCGAUUUAUCAGGCAUAGGCAGCGCAAGAAGCGCAUCGAAGAUUUGGACUCUGUUUAUCACGAACCUGUGAACAAAAAUGAUGCCGAGAUACUCUCCCGACCGAUAGCGGAUUUGGUUGCAAGUGUACAGAGCGGAGCAUACAACCCAUCCGAUGUUUUGGUGGCGUACGGCAAGCAAGCACUGAGAGCUCAUGCCAAGACCAAUUGCCUCUCUGAGGUUAUGAUCGCUUCGGCGGAAACUUGGGCAAAGGAAUGUAACAAGAACGGUCCAUUAGCCGGAGUUCCGGUCAGUCUAAAAGACUCGAUAGGCGUUAAAGGAUGGGACUCAACUAUCGGGUAUUCUGCAUGGGUUGGGCAGCCCAUGAAAGAAGAUGGCCAACUCGUUCGGCUUCUUCGAGACGCAGGUGCUGUUCCAUUUGUCAAGACCACGAUACCCAUCACCCUGCUUUCAUUCGAAUCGUCGUCGGACUUGUUUGGUCGCACGACCAAUCCACACAACCCUGCUUAUUCUCCUGGUGGAUCAUCUGGUGGCGAGGCAGCUCUGCUUGCAUUUGGCGGGUCACGGAUAGGACUCGGAACGGACGUUGCAGGUUCCGUACGCACACCUUCCCAUUAUUCUGGUGUCUAUACUAUCCGAUCGUCGACUACUCGAUUCCCGAAGUUGGGAGGAACCACAAGCAUACCUGGCCAAGAAGGCGUAGCGGCAGUAUGCUCUCCCAUGGCACGCACACUUGCAGACCUCGAAACAUUUUGGAAAGCUGUCGUGAUGCAGAAGCCUUGGGAUUAUGACCAUACUUGUAUAAACCUCCCGUGGAGAGAGGUUGAUCUUAGCAAGAAGAAGUUGAAAUGGGGCGUGAUGUGGGAUGAUGGCGUCGUCCUGCCUUCUCCCGCGUGUAAGCGGGCACUAUCGUCUGUUGUGGAGACACUCCAGAAUCAUGGACAUGAAGUUUUCACGAUACCUGCUCCAAGCCCCUACGAAGGACUGAAAAUCGCCUUUCAGCUUCUCCUUGCUGAUGGAGGCAAGACGGUAAUGCAGCCAUUCCAGCUAGGUGAAACCAAUGAUCCUGGCGUUAGCCAAGCUAGAAUCAUGUUUUCUCUCCCUCACUGGAUGCGGCGGCUGUACGUUUGGUAUCUCCGCUACGUACGAGGUGAUGAGAUGUAUGCGGGCCUAGUGGAGGGAUGCUACGAGAAGAGUAUUACGGAAUACUGGCCUUUGGUCGCUCAGCGCGAGGCUUAUCGCCGGCGAUGGUUCGAUAUGUGGAACGAGUAUGAUUUGGACUUCCUGUUGACUGUUCCGAACGCGCUCCCGGCGGUCCCACACGGGGGAAUGAAAGAAGGAUACAAGUCCUGCGGCUAUACAUUUCUAUUCAAUCUGCUGGAUUAUACGGCAGGUGUCCUUCCGGUGACCCAUGUCAGUGAGAAAUUGGAUGCGCUAGAAGGAUUCAAGCCGCGGAACGCGGUCGAAGCGGGCGCUUAUAAGGACUAUGACUCUGCCAAGAUGAAUGGGCUGCCCGUCGGUGUUCAAGAAGAGAAAGUCAUGGAAGGGAUGAAGCUGAUCGAGAAACUCUUGAGGGAAGAUGGUAAAGCAUACGAGUUGCUCAACAUGUAA